GCUAUUUCCUAGUCAUUCCAAUUUAUAAAUACUGUGUUGCCGUUCAUUUUAAUGUACCAACCAAACAUCUAAGUUUGAUUGAGGGAAAAAGGCUUUGCUCUCCAAUGGGAUCAUCAGAAGAAAACCAAUUUCAUGGCAACAAUAAAUAUGCAGGGCAAGAUCAAGAAAGCUUCGCAUAUGCCUUCGAGAUCGUCAUCUCUUGUGUGCUGCCCAUGUCAAUGCAUGCAGCAAUUCAGCUUGGCAUUUUUGAUAUCAUAGCGAAAGCUGGUCCAGAUGCCAAGCUCUCCCCAAAGGAGCUAGCAGCCCAGUUACCUACCAAGAAUCCAGAGGCGUCCUCUAUGCUGGACCGCGUACUUAGAGUUUUAGCCAGCCAUGGUAUUGUUGGUUGCUCUUUGGCUGAUGAUGAAGAGGGUAAUCCACAAAGGCUCUAUAGUAUAACACCUGUGUCCAAAUUCUUUGUUCAAAAUGAAGAUGGUUUUUCAUUAGGCCCCUUGAUGAACUUGAUUCAGGACAAGGUGUACUUUGAUAGUUGGUCGCAGCUGAAGGAUGCAAUUCUUGAAGGAGGAGUUCCAUUUGACAGGGUCCAUGGAACAAACGCGUUUGAAUAUCCUGGCAGGGACCCAAGGUACAAUCAAGUUUUUAAUACUGCCAUGAUCAAUCACACGACUAUAGUUCUGAAGAAGAUCCUGGAGAGCUACAACGGUUUUGAGCAGCUCAACCGUGUGGUUGAUGUUGGCGGUGGUCUUGGAGUCACCCUUAGCAUUAUCACCUCCAAGUAUCCCUCUAUUAAGGGAAUUAAUUUUGACUUGCCUCAUGUUAUACAACAUGCUCCGGCCUACCCUGGCAUUGAAAAUGUAGGAGGAGAUAUGUUUGAAAGUGUUCCGAAAGGAGAUGCAAUUUUUAUGAAAUGGAUUCUUCAUGAUUGGAGCGAUGAUCAUUGUUUGAAGCUGUUGAAGAAUUGUUACGAUGCCAUUCCGGAUGACGGAAAAGUUAUAGUGGUUGAUGCUGUCCUACCGAUUGUGCCCGAGACUAAUGUUUAUGCGAGAUGCAUUUUACAGUCCGAUGUGGUUAUGAUGACUCAGGAUCCAGGAGGGAAGGAACGGACCAAACCAGAAUUCGAAGCCCUGGCAACCAAAGCUGGAUUCAGUGGUGUCAGAUAUGAGUGUUUUGUUUAUAACUUCUGGGUCAUGGAGUUCUUCAAGUAGUUUGACUUUAUAUCAUUGAUGAAAUUUGCUCUUGAUCAGCUGGAAAUGUAGCAAGACGAUGGAAAAGAAUAAAGUGGAUGCUUGUUGUUCCAUUACCA